AUGUAUUAGAAGAUUAAAAAAAACAAAUAAAAACCAAUCCAAUACUAAAAUUUAAAUCCCUUUAAAGAAACAGAAAAAAAAUACAAAUUCUAUGCUGGUCUCCAAACAGAUUUCAGUGAACUCAUCGAUCUCAACAAUCUAAAUGAACAAUAAAUGGAACAACAAGGAAUUCAUAAAAAUGGCUCCGUCUAUAGAUUCGAUUACCCUCAAGGAGUCAUCCUAGUCAAGGGUUUCCUCAAUCUAGACGAUUAAAUUCGCAUCUCCAAAUUGUGCAUGAAUGAUUACAUCAAUCAACCCUACAGAACGAAUCUCUUCAUCUACAAAGAAGACGAGAACUUCGACAAAUUCAUAGUCCACGAUGAUUAAAAAUACCACUUCAAUAAUAAAAUCAGAUGGGCAAAUGUUGGCUAUCAAUAUGAUUGGAACAAUAGGUAACAUUUCAUUUAAAUUUAGACAUUAUCCUCAAGAAAAAACACAAGUGCCUGAUCCAAUACAAGAAAUCUCACAAAGAGCCAACAACUUCUUAUAAUUGCAAAAUCACUAUCAAAGUGAAUCAGUCAUUAUCAACUUCUAUCAAUCUCAUGAUUACAUGACAGGACAUUUAGAUGAUGCCGAACUAGAUCAAGAUUCUCCUAUCUACUCCUUUAGUUUUGGAUUGUCAAGUGUUUUCGUCAUAGGAGGACCAACCAAAGAUGAAAAACCUAUUGCAAUCAAGUUGGACUCUGGAGAUUUACUAGUUAUGAGUGGUCAUGCUAGGAGAUGCUAUCACGGAGUACCCAGAAUCCUUGCAAAUUCAUUUCAUCCUAUAUAGUAUUCUCUCUCAUCAUACAAUUAGAAACCCCUUCCCGUAAUCACAACUUGAUGCUAAUUUAAAUACUGAUUUUCAUGUUUUUAAUUACUUAUCCGAACACAGAAUUAAUAUCAACACAAGAUAAGUGUACAAGCCACAAGUAGAAUAAUGAAAUAUUAAUGUGUAAUUAUGAAUGAAGAC